CAGAGUGAAGUCCUGAGGCUGCUGAAGUUUCUAGACUGCCAAGAACCCUCUAGAACUUCUGUGACAAUGAGUGUUUCUUAAUUCAAAGCGACAAGCCCUUCUCAUCAUUCCCCCAAGUGUGUGCUACCUUUCUUGACCAGGAUGGUGAGCAAGAGGGCAUGUACCAGCUGCUUUGACCAUGUCUGUGUGAGCCAAGGUACCCAAAGUAAGGCAGAGUAAACUCCAGUCUGACUCUGUUUCCCGUCGCUUCAUGUGCUCUGGCAGAAGCCGGAGAAGCUACAGCAUCAGGAGUCCUUGCAGCUGGAGCCACAAGAAUGAACUGCAAAGAGGCAAAUGACAACAGCUGUGCCUGCCGUGGAAGCGACGAGAAGAAGAUGUUGAAGUGUGUGGUGGUGGGUGAUGGUGCCGUGGGUAAAACUUGCCUGCUGAUGAGUUAUGCCAAUGACGCCUUCCCAGAGGAGUACGUGCCCACAGUGUUUGACCACUAUGCAGUUACCGUGACAGUGGGAGGCAAGCAACACUUGCUUGGACUGUAUGACACUGCAGGACAGGAGGACUAUAACCAGCUGCGGCCGCUCUCCUAUCCCAACACGGACGUGUUUUUGAUUUGUUUCUCUGUUGUAAAUCCUGCCUCUUACCACAAUGUCCAGGAGGAAUGGGUCCCGGAGCUGAAAGACUGCAUGCCUCAUGUGCCUUAUGUCCUCAUAGGGACCCAGAUUGAUCUUCGUGAUGACCCCAAAACUUUGGCCCGUUUGCUGUACAUGAAGGAAAAACCUCUCACUUAUGAGCAUGGGGUAAAACUUGCAAAAACGAUCGGCGCACAGUGCUACUUGGAAUGCUCAGCCCUGACUCAGAAAGGUCUCAAAGCAGUUUUCGAUGAAGCAAUCCUCACCAUUUUCCACCCCAAGAAAAAGAAAAGCUGCUGCUCUGAGUGUCACAGCUGCUGCACAGUUGUCUGA